UUUAUUAGGUUGAGCGGGAAAGAUGGCUGUCAUGUAUACAUAUAUAUUGUUUUAUCACAAACACAAAAAAUAAGUUGUUUAUUUGGCAACGACAUACCGAAAAUAUUUUGAGGUAAUUUUUGGAGCAUGACAAUAUAUGCUUUAAAUAAAAUUAUAAGUGAGAAGAAAUAAAGUAGCGACACUUGUUUGUUUAUUAAUUAUUUACAAUUAUUAAAACGCCGAGGUAAAAAAUAUAUUUUUUUUAUUUACUUAAUUUUUGGUUAUGACGACCUUGAAAGGUAUUUUUCCAAACCCAAAGCCGCCGAGAAAAAAAAAUUUUCUUUAUGAAAAUGUCAAAAGUUUGCGGCAAAUGGAGAAAUACAACACUAAGGAAGAUGAAGUUGAUAAAUCGAGGCCUAAAACUGGCCCGAGAAUGAGCAAUAAGUACCAACAUGUCGCACCGAGAGUAUACUCUAGUAUCCGCGGCUCCAGCGCAGUGUCAUCGAAGAGCGACAAGAGCAAAGUGAACAAGGCUCUGAGUCGCAAGUCUAGCGCUCCAAGUCUCGUCAAGACUGGAGACAACAAAUCAUGUGAUUCUAUAAAUUCUAAUCUGUGCAACAGUAGUAAUAAAUUAAAAUCCAGAGAGUACAAAUCUCAAUGUAAUUUAAGUUCUAAUUUGGUGAACGGGGUCAGUAAUUUGGACAUUAAUCGCGAGGUUGAUAAAAAAGAGUCUCGUAGUCAGGGUAUUCAAACAUUAGAUGCCAAUGAUUUAGACAGUUUGUACUCCGAAGGUGUAAUUAGAUAUCCGUCAAGUAGAAGCAGAGAAACUGAAGAAGAUAAAUCACUGUCUAAAGAAGAUGUCAAUCUGAAUCUAGACUUGGGUAGAGAUCCUUCACCUGCUAGAUCCUUAAAUAGCAAACAAAUAGAUUCAACUUCGCCUUCUCCGGAAAAAGAUAAAGACUUUGUUAAAAUGAACAAAGAAAAAAUAACUGUGGCUGCGAGAUUGGCUGCUCAGUUGAAUAAUGGUAUUGUACCGCCUAAUUAUCGCAAAGGAGUUGUUCCCAAGUACAUACUUGAAAGAAAAGAAGAGCAGCAAUUAAAAAUUGAGCAAGCUAAAUUAGAAGCAGCUAAUUCUGAUUGUCCAGCUGGUCAUAUUCCAUUACCUGAUAAUGAACGUAAAGAAACUUUACGUUUAUUAAAAAAAAAUUAUCAGGAAUUUGUUAAUGAAUUAAAUAAAAUGCCAAUACGGUCAGACACGCUGCGCUGCCAGAAGAAAAAAAUGGAGAUUGAAAAACAAUUAAACAAAUUAGAAGAAGGAAUUAAAAUAUUCUCGCGUCCUAAAGUAUUUGUUAAAACAGACGCUUAAUUAAGACUUGAAAUAAUAUUAAUAAUUUAAAUAAAACAUUCCAAGUGCUUUAAAUAUACAAAUAAAAAUAUAAAAUCACUGAGUGCCUACUAAUAAUAUUAAUUAAUUUAUAUAAAUAAAUUAUGUAUUUACGAAUAAUGUAAAUAAUUGUACUAUAGUAUGAAGCUUAAAAAACAAUGUCAACUAGUCUGAUGUACAAUUAAACGUAAAGACUUUUGUCAAGUACAAAAUAAACACUAAGUAUUUUUUUU